AUGCCUACAGCUGCGAAUCACAUCGCUGCGGCGGCACCCGCGACCGCCGGUCCUUGGGCUUCGAUCGCGGGCGCGAGCGCAGUGAGUGAGGUGUCCAGGACUGCCGCCAAGGCAGCAAGCUGCUCCACGGCGCUGCCAGCCUUCGUCUCAUUCGCGGCAGCUUUACUGCUGAUCGCCUUUGGCGCCGUGUUGGGCGCCGCCCUCGAGACGAGGGGCAGGGUGGUGCUGCGACUCGCAGCAGCGGCGCUGAGCGGGCCGGCAACCGCGCCGGACGCGGCCUCGUUUGCCCUCGUGGCGCGCAAGCUGGGCCUGGCGGGCGCCGCGGCCCUGCUGUGGUCGUCGCUGGUGCUGCGG